CCCGGUUAUAGGGGAUGCUCAGGCACCCAAAGGCAACCUGGAAGUGGAGACUGAUUUCAAGAGGUCACCAAAAGUCCCUACUGGAAUCUUUUCUGCCCUUCCCUCCAAGAUUAACUGAACCCUGCUAAUUGUGGCAGCCCUCACAUGUUCCCCUCCCCCACAGCCUCUUCCUCUCACCCCUCCCCCUUCCAUCAGAAUGAUAAAGAAAGGGAUUGGCCUGCCAGUCCCAGCAUGGCCUCUGGCUGGGACCCAACCUCAACUCUUAGUCCAUUUGCCUUGAGCCCCCCGUUAGGCCAGACCCCAGCCCAGGGCUGUUUCCCUUGCAUGGGGCCUUGCAACAACUCUCAUCUGAGGCCUUCAAAGGCAGAGUCUCCCCCCAAGAGGAGGAAGAAGAGAUAUCUGCGGCAUGACAAGCCCCCCUACACCUACUUGGCCAUGAUCGCCUUGGUAAUUCAGGCCGCACCCUUCCGCAGGCUGAAGCUGGCGCAGAUCAUCCGUCAGGUCCAGGCAGUGUUUCCCUUCUUCAGGGAUGACUACGAAGGCUGGAAGGACUCCAUCCGCCACAACCUUUCCUCUAACCGGUGCUUCCGGAAGGUGCCCAGGGACCCUACAAAGCCCCAGGCCAAGGGCAACUUCUGGGCGGUGGAUGUGAGCCUGAUCCCAGCAGAGGCGCUGCGCCUUCAGAAUACUGCCCUGUGCCGGCGAUGGCAGACCCGGGGCACACACAGAACUUUCGUCAAGGACCUGAGCCCCUACGUACUCCAUGGCCGGCCUUAUCGGCCGCUCAUUCCCUCCCUCAUUCCCUCACCACCAUCCAGGGAGGGUUUCAGCAUCAAGUCCCUGCUAGAGGACCCUGGGAAAGGACCAACACUGCCCCAGCAGCCUUCGCUAGUUGAACAGAGCAGCUCAGCUCAGGCACGCACCUGGUCCAAGGGGGAGGAAGGGGUGUGUACUGUACCCUCUAACUCCUCUGAGAAGCCUCUGUGGCCCCUCUGCUCCCUUCCUGGACCCACAAGAAUAGAGGGGGAGACUUCCCAAGGGGAGGUCAUCAGGCCUUCUCUUUCCCCAGAGCAAGGAACCUGGCCCAUCCACUUACUUCAGGGAUCCCCAGAUCCCAUGGGAAUGACCAACAGCAGAUGCAGAGCUUCCUUGUGGGGUCAGCUACCCACCUCUUACUUGCCCAUCUACACUCCCAAUGUAGUAAUGCCCUUGGCCACACUACCUCCCACCUCUUGUCCCCAGUGCCCAUCUUCAACCAGUCCAACCUACUGGAGUGUAGGUACUGAAUCCCAAGGGUCCCAAGACCUGCUCUGUGAUCUAGAUUCCCUCUUCCAGGGAGUACCACCCAACAAGAGCAUCUAUGAUGUGUGGGUCAGCCACCCUUGGGAUCUGGCGGCUCCUGCCCCAGGCUGGCUGCUCUCUUGGUACAGCCUGUAAUAGUUAAAGGCAGGCAGAGGCU